AUGUCGCACGAGGAUCCUGGUAACAUCACUUAUGCUGAUGUCGGUGGCCUUGCAGAGCAGAUUCGUGAACUUCGAGAGGUUGUCGAGCUGCCACUGAUCAAUCCAGAGUUGUUCCGACGUGUCGGCAUUACUCCUCCGAAAGGAUGUCUACUGUAUGGACCUCCUGGAACGGGCAAAACGCUCCUUGCAAGAGCUGUAGCGUCACAGUUGGAUUGUAAUUUCUUGAAAGUAGUCUCUUCUGCAAUUGUUGACAAAUAUAUCGGCGAGUCUGCUCGAAUGAUUCGUGAAAUGUUCAAUUAUGCUCGCGAUCAUCAACCCUGCAUCGUAUUCAUGGACGAAAUUGAUGCUAUUGGUAAGUUCAUGACUUACACACUUUGCCUGUGA